AUGGCUCAAUCCAAUCAACAAAACACAGGCCACAAACCUGUAAACUAUGGGAUGGUUCUAUUUCCUGGAUUCCAGGCGCUGGACGUCUUUGGGCCUCUUGAUGCGCUCAAUCUGCUCUCGCGCACAAAUAAGAUGAAUUUGUGCAUUAUUGGUCAAUCCAUGGAUGCCAUAUCAACGAAAGUCGCCAAUGGAGAACUUGGAGGAUCAAACUUUGAGCAGCUUGUACUGCCGACUCACACUUUCGAGACUGCACCUGCUCUUGAUGUCCUGAUUGUACCUGGUGGUCAAGGAACGCGUACACCAGAUGCAAUAUACACCAUUGAGUUCAUCAAGAGGAUGUAUCCUUCGCUUCAGUACCUCAUCACCAUCUGUACCGGUUCUGGCCUUGCUGCACGUGCUGGAGUUUUGGAUGGGAAACGGGCGACCACGAACAAGCUAUCUUGGGAUGCCACAGUUGCUUUGAGACAAGAAGUUGAUUGGAUACACAAAGCUCGUUGGGUACAAGACGGGAACAUUUGGACAUCUUCCGGCAUAAGUGCCGGCAUCGAUGUGACUUUCGCGUGGAUCGAGGCAAUUUAUGGUCAUGACAUUGCAGAGAAUAUUGCAAACAGGAUGGAGUACAAUCGUAUGACAGAUUCAAGUAAAGAUCCCUUUGCAGAUCUUUAUACACCCAAGAUCAGCUAG